GACUCGUUUCACGCAUUCCUUAUAUUCUUUAAACUUCCUGUUAUUAAAACACUACCAGUUUUCUCCACCGUUCACCCAAAUGGAAUGAAAAUGAUAUCGGAACUAAGUUUCUCAAUGAAUGUUUCACUCCGGAACAUAAACAUGGACGUGUCGAGGAAAAUGUAAGGAAUGUUCAUUUCCUUAGCUAGCUUGUCAUUUUAAUGUAUUAUUAUAUGUUAUUCUUGUAUUAAUAAUAGAUGAAUAGAAAAUAUUGCGCAUCAUAUGAGCUCAAUUUACAAAAUUAUUAUGGCUUGUGAAUUGUUUUUUCGUAUUUUUAAGUAUGAUUUACCGGAAUUGCUUUUCCUGUUGCUGGCACGAACCAAUGCAGAUUGUAUCUAAAACGACGCUGUUGUCCCUGUAGAGGUGCACUACAUAGUGAAUGUGUAAAAAGGGAGGCAUUUGGGAUUCAGCCCACUGUAAUACUAAACGACAAAAUCACGAGCAAAGCUAUUACUAUGACAAAGAUUGUGUAAUCGCAAUUAUUGUAUUAUGAUUGUUUUGUUUGCAUUAAAGAAUGACCUGAGCCAGAGUCAGAUGCAACCUGGUGGGAGAUCCUCAGGCUUCAACAGGAUAUGAAGUCUCUGAAGUAUAGUUUUUUUCUCCUCGUCAUUCUUGUCCUCUCUUUGUUGCUCUGGUACAAUCACGUAACCAAACCGAGAGAAGUAGAUCUGGGACUUCGGGGCUACGUGAGAAUUUCACCUCAAACCUGGUCAAGUUCACGUUAUCUGGCUCUACGCUGUGCCCGCUGCGCCGUGGUCUCCAGCUCGGGCCAGGUGCUAGGCAGCAGACGUGGGCAGGAGAUCGACGGGCAUGAAUGCGUGAUCCGCAUGAACGCUGCACCGACACGUGGCUUUGAGGCCGACGUGGGCAAUAGGACGACCGUCCGUGUCGUCUCACACUCCAGCGUGCGACGCCUGGUGCACCAAGACCUUUUUUUCAAGCAAGAGGCAAACACACGCUAUGUGGUUUGGGGUCCUGAGCGGAGCAUGAGGCACGACGGCAAGGGACGAGUGUUCAAUCUGUUGGCAAAAGUGGCACGGAAGUACCCAGGCGCGCACAUCUACGCCGUGAGCAGGGAGAAGAUGCUGCAGUGUGAUCUCGUCUUCCAAAAGGAGACUGGCAAGAACAGAAUGAGGUCAGGUGCAUUCCUCAGCACUGGAUUUUUCACUAUGAUUUUUGCGCUGGAUGUGUGCAACAGCAUUGAUGUUUAUGGGAUGAAAGACGGGUCAUAUUGCAGCCUCACCAAUUACUCUUCAGUACCGUAUCACUAUUACGAGGCGAAUCGUCUGGACGAGUGCGGCAUGUACAAAGCGCACGAGCGUGCACGGAGAGGCGGCCAUCGCUUCAUCACCGAGAAACAGAUCUACAGACAGUGGGCAUCGCAGGGAAAAUUACAAUUCCAAUAUCCUUCAUGGUGAACUCACAACAACACUGACACCUCUGUGCUACACAACAGCACACUCGAAGUACACCUUCCUCAAACUGCUGUUAGACGCCAAGGGGGGGUAAAAGCAAAACCGGCAACUGCGUUCAGGAUACAUUUCAAACCAUUUUCCACGUUUAUCCAUUUCAUAUUUAUUAUUUUUGCUUUAGCGUAGUGUUAUUUUUGCGAAGCUGCAUGUCGUUAGGCUACACAAGGUCACACAAGGUUUCAUCGUGUUACAGGAGAUGUGAUUAACUAAGAGAGGCUACAUAAAGAAUUGAUGAUAUGAGGUUACAUAGGGCUGUGGCUGACAGAUUCAAGAGUCUGUGUCAAGUUUUAGAGUUUAGAACAAAUACUAAUCUGAAUCCAAAUGUGUUACAGGGUCUGGUGCCUGCAUAAGACUUCCGUUAAUCUAUUAAUAAGAUACGGCUUGAAAUUACAUUAACACAAACUUUUAUUAUUUUACAGUCGCACCCAGUCACACAAUAAAAAAAAAAAAAGACUCCUCACAUUCCUCCUGAACUAUAAAAUUAGCGCAUCCUCUUUUUUUUUGCAGAGCUUUCGCAGCAAAUUGCUGGGAUCGAAACUCUUGACUUUCGGAUACAAAGUCCAAUGCCUUAUCCACUAAGCUACCACCUCCCUGUGUGCAGAAUCAUUGACAGUUUUUGUGGUUGACAGCUGUUUUGAACUCUCCAAUAUUAUACAGUAGCCUCGUGCCCUUCCUCCAUCUCACAUUCUUGUCGUAUUUUCUUGAGCGCCCUCGCUUUCUGUCAAGACAAAUGGAGAAGGCUUUGCGUUCAUUAGUGUAAAAGAAAAUCGAUCAAUAUUUGCUCAACUGUUGCUGUACAUUAUAGAGCUAAGAUAAAGGGAGAAUUUCGUCCAGAGAUAUUCAAAAACACCAAAUUUUUACUUAUGAAAGUGUUAAAAUAACUUUUUACAAAUAGAUUUUUUGGUUUGAAGGGUUUUAAAACACAGCAUGAGCUUUGGCAGCCUUUAUAUAUACAGUAUCUCACAAAAAUGAGUACACCUCUCACAUAUUAUCCACCAUUUUAGUAUAUCUUCUAUAAUACUUUUUUAUAGUUUAGUCAAUAUGCAGCCUGUAUAGCAGUACAGAUUUACUGUCCUCUGAAAGUAACUCAGCAUACAGCCAUGUAUAUCAUGUAACAAUGUGAAGCCACAUGUCCUAUUCAUUAUAUUUUCUCUGCUUGACAGGACCAUACAAAUUUGUGGUCUGAUUGAUUCUACUAAGAUAAACAUGUUUGGCUCAGAUGGAGUCCAGCACGUGUGGCAAAGCCCUGUUGAGGAGAACCAAGAAAAUUGUGUCUUGCCUACAGUAAAGCAUGGUGGUGGUUGCA